GGGAGCUUGACGUCGAAGGGGCAUAUAAAUGUUGGGGCUGAGCCGCCUUGAUGUCUGGUGGGUUGGAAGAAGGAGCUUCAUUCAGAAGUACAUCUACGAAGCACAUCGGUGACAUCACCAUUACCACCAUCACGAGCCUCACUCACCGGUUUCACGUCACAACCACCUCCACCAGCACCACCUCGCUUCCAAUCAUCAUCACGCCGCCACAGCAGCAGCAGCAGCAGCAGCAGCAGCACCAACAACACCAAACCCCACGACAGAACAGAGGACCCCCACCAUGUCCAAGAUCCUCACCGUCUUCGGCGCCACCGGCAACCAGGGCGGCUCCGUCAUCCGCGCCAUCCUCGCCGACCCCUCCCUCUCGCGCGAGUUCUGCAUCCGCGGCGUCACGCGCGACGCCUCCAAGCCCGCCGCCCGGGCCCUCGCCGCGCUGCCGGGCGUCGAGCUCGUCGAGGCCGACCUCUCGUCCCCCGCGCCCGCCGUCGCCGGCGCGCACACCGUCUUCCUCGUCACCAACUUCUGGGAGAGCAUGAGCGCCGACGUCGAGGUCGCGCAGGGGCGGGCCGUCGCCGACGCGAGCCGCGACGCGGGCGUCAAGCACCUCGUCUUCUCGUCGCUCAUCAACACGACGCGCGCGAGCGGCGGGCGGCUGUCGCACAUUAGCCACUUUGACGGCAAGGCGCGCAUCGAGGAGUACAUGCGCGAGCAGAGCAGUGGAAGUGGGGGGGUGCCUGUUACGGCUGUGUUGCCGGGGUUCUUUAUGAGCAACUUGCUCACGCAGAUUCGCAAGGGCGAGGACGGCGCGUAUACUUGGACGCUGCCAGAGGGGCUGUCGGCUGACAAUGGCAAGUUGCCGCUGCUUGACGUGGCUGACGAUAUGGGCAAGUUCGUCAAGGCCGCCAUCAAAAACUUCCCCGCCUCCGCCGGCAAACACAUCUACGCCGCCACCGACUACUACUCUCCGCAGCGCAUCCUCUCGGAGCUGGCCUCGACCUGCGGCGGCCCCUCGGCGGCCUCGGCGGCGCGCAUCCAGCACGUGCCCCAGGACGUCUUCAAGUCGUUCCUCAACCCGGGCGUCGCCCAGGAGAUGCUUGAGAACAUGCUCCUGCUCGAGGACCCGGGCUACUACGCCGGCGCCGACCUGUCCGAGAGCCUGGCGCUGCUGGGCGAGGAGGACAAGCCGACGACGUGGGCGGACUUUGUGGCCCGGAACAGGGAUAGGUGGGCGUAGGGGCGCACACGAGGAAGCGAACAAGUAAAAAGAAGGACAG